CCAGGAGCAGCCGGGAGGGGACAAUUCCCGGGGGCGCGCGGAGCUAGGACGGUGACAGCCACCCGCGCGCGUGCGCGUCUGGCUACGGCGCAGCCGCAUGACCCCGGCCGGCCGCUUAGAGGCGCCCCAAGUCUGGGUCGCCGCCGUCUAGGGUCUCCGUUCCGGGACGUCCCGGGCGUCCUAGACCCGAGUCCCGGAGCGCAGGGCCGCGCCCUCCCCGUCUGCCCCAGUUAGUUUUCCUCCGCGCCACUGUCAAGGCCUGCCCCCAACUCUCCUUUCCUGGGACAGGGUCCUCGCGGCCCAUGCUGGCCGCUGGGGACCCACGCAACCCAGACCGCUCUUGGGCCGGCCAGCCGGCCACCAUGGUGGUCCUGAGGCCUGUGCUGCUCUUUCAGGGGGGCUAACAGGUCCAGAGUGUAGGCCUCGGGGCGAAAGGGUCCCGGGCCUGAGCCUCACACCAUGGCUGGGGCCAUCGCUUCCCGCAUGAGCUUCAGCUCACUCAAGAGGAAGCAGCCCAAGACGUUCACGGUGCGGAUCGUCACCAUGGACGCCGAGAUGGAGUUCAAUUGCGAGAUGAAGUGGAAAGGGAAGGACCUAUUUGAUUUGGUGUGUCGGACUCUGGGGCUGCGAGAAACCUGGUUCUUUGGACUGCAGUACACAAUCAAGGACACCGUGGCCUGGCUCAAAAUGGACAAGAAGGUGCUGGACCAUGACGUCUCAAAGGAAGAACCAGUCACCUUUCACUUCCUGGCCAAAUUUUAUCCUGAGAAUGCUGAGGAGGAGCUGGUUCAGGAGAGCACACAACAUUUAUUCUUCUUGCAGGUGAAAAAGCAAAUUUUAGAGGAAAAGAUCUACUGUCCUCCUGAGGCUUCAGUGCUCCUGGCUUCGUAUGCUGUCCAGGCGAAGUAUGGUGACUACGACCCCUCUCUACACAAACUGGGAUUUUUGGCCCAAGAGGAAUUGCUUCCAAAAAGGGUAAUAAAUCUGUAUCAGAUGACUCCGGAAAUGUGGGAGGAAAGAAUUACUGCCUGGUAUGCAGGGCACCGAGGCCGAGCCAGGGAUGAAGCUGAAAUGGAGUAUUUGAAGAUAGCGCAGGAUCUGGAAAUGUACGGUGUGAACUACUUUGCAAUCCGGAAUAAAAAGGGCACAGAGCUGCUGCUUGGAGUAGAUGCUCUGGGACUUCACAUCUAUGACCCUGAGAACAGGCUGACCCCCAAGAUCUCCUUCCCGUGGAAUGAAAUCAGAAACAUUUCAUACAGCGACAAGGAGUUUACUAUUAAGCCACUGGAUAAGAAAAUUGAUGUCUUCAAAUUUAACUCCUCAAAGCUUCGAGUUAAUAAGCUGAUUCUCCAGCUUUGUAUUGGGAACCAUGACCUAUUUAUGAGGAGAAGGAAAGCUGAUUCUUUGGAAGUUCAGCAGAUGAAAGCGCAGGCCAGGGAGGAAAAGGCUAGAAAACAGAUGGAACGGCAGCGCCUUGCUCGAGAGAAGCAGAUGCGGGAGGAGGCUGAGCGCUCGAGAGAUGAGCUGGAGAGGAGGCUGCUACAGAUGAAAGAAGAAGCAACAAUGGCCAACGAAGCACUGAUGCGGUCAGAGGAGACGGCUGACCUCUUGGCAGAAAAGGCCCAGAUCACUGAGGAGGAGGCCAAGCUCUUGGCACAGAAGGCCGCAGAGGCUGAGCAGGAAAUGCAGCGCAUCAAGGCCACAGCCAUUCGGACAGAGGAGGAGAAGCGUUUAAUGGAGCAGAAGGUGCUGGAGGCAGAGGUGCUGGCACUGAAGAUGGCUGAGGAGUCGGAGAGAAGGGCGAAGGAGGCAGAUCAGUUGAAGCAGGACCUGCAAGAAGCCCGCGAAGCAGAGCGAAGAGCCAAGCAGAAGCUGCUGGAAAUUGCCACCAAGCCCACAUACCUGCCUGUGAACCCAAUCCCAGCGCCAAUGCCUCCUGACAUACCAAGCUUCAACCUCAUUGGUGACAGCCUGUCUUUCGACUUCAAGGAUACUGAUAUGAAGCGACUUUCCAUGGAAAUAGAGAAAGAAAAAGUGGAAUACAUGGAGAAGAGCAAGCACCUACAGGAGCAGCUCAAUGAGCUGAAGACAGAAAUCGAGGCCUUGAAACUGAAAGAGCGGGAGACAGCUUUGGACAUUCUGCACAACGAGAACUCGGACAGGGGCGGCACCAGCAGCAAGCACAAUACGAUUAAAAAGCCUCAAGCCCAAGGCAGAAGACCUAUCUGCAUUUGAGUCCUCAAAGUAGGUUAUUCCCAGCUCACUUUGCAGAGCGCCAAGUCCCGAGUGGCUUUCUUUGAAGAGCUGUAGCAGGUGACCCGGCCACUCCAGGAUCUGCCAUUUCUGUUGCUUCCAGCACCAGCAGGAUGGUCCAACUCCGUGGGAACCAUUUGUAGGGGGCUGACUGGGAGCUCCCAUGGGAGCUCUGGAAUAUUCUCCAGCUGAGAGGAGAGUCCAGCCCCCUUCAUGUGCAAUUGCCUUUGAACUAUGACCCCGUAGAGAUCUCUCUCAUGGUGUUUUAGUUCUCCUGACUUGCAAACCACCCCCCCCCCUUAUUUUUGAGAAGUGUUUGUCUUUCUUUGUUUUAUAUGGGAUCCUGUAAAUCCUUGGUCCCUGGUAGCCUGGUGUGUAUGUGUGUCUCACUGCCCAGUGCCAACCUCCAUGGCCCAGUCUGGGAAACAGAUGUAGGGAGUGAAGUGUCAAAGCUGAAGCCUAGGAAGCCAGUUCCACCACCCACAUUCUACGUAGCAUUCCAGAAUGUCCACCCCCCACAGGUGAGGACCUGGCACAGUGGACAAGCAUAGCCUGGCUGAGUUAGGCCCAGAGUAAGCUGACUGCUGCUCAUCAUUGGGGAGCGUGCCUGAAGCUCAGGAUCAAUAGUAAUGGGUCCUCACCAGGGCACCCUGGGGUAGCACUGCUGGGUUUGGGGACAGCUCAGGGCAAAAGCUGUGAUAAAGGCCCUGUGUUGGGAGUCAGAGCCUUGGAGGGAUCUAACGGUACGGAGUGCUUACACCCUCCACCAGCCACCCCAGCCCAGAGCCUGAGAGACAGAAGACAGCCAGCUACAUGUGUCUCCUUUUCCCUGUCAGCCUUAGACUCCUGCUUGGGCUGGUCAUGUUCUUAUCAAUGCCUAGAAACCUGGCUAUGACCAUGGAGCUCCACAGGCCCCAAAGCCCCAUGGGCACUUCCUGUCUGGCCCCAACACCACUCAACUCCAGAACCCGAGACUUCUACUGAGUCACCCCUCCUUUGACCAUGUACAAGCAAGUCUUCCAAAACCCUCUCUUGUAUCUGUGCCUCAUUUACCAGUCCCCUUGUUCCUCUGGAGCCCCAUUAUUGUCUAUCCUUGAGGGCCCAUCAGAGUCCAUUUUGUCUUUUCCAGUAGAGCCUUACACUGUCAUCAAGAAGCUAGUGUUCACACAGGCUGGUACGCAGCUCCUUGUGGGUUUCAGAGCCACCUGUGUUUGGGGGCCACCUUCUGGCCCUUUCUUUACUUAUGGCUGCUAUUGCUGCUAUAGCCAAUUCGGGUCCUAAUAGGUAAGACGUAUGUAGAGCAGGUGAUAGAACUUAAUCAGCAAAAAGAUUCUUAUUAAUUGAAGAAGGAUAGAGAUCCCUUGAGAGCAGAGAUUUUGUUUGGUUUUGAGGAUCAAAGGCACUCAUGAGAUCCUGCCUCAUUUCUGCUGCCAGGCUAACCUAAUGGCAUCCUCGGCUGGCCACCUUGUCCUUCAAAAGCAAGCCCUGCAUGUGACCACAGCCCCUUAGGGCAUGCAGGGUGAAACUGUAGCCUGGAACCUAAGAGUGGAUGACUGCCACUGAAAGAGUCCUCAGGACCUGAGUCCUCAGCGUUUACAAAGUCAGAUCUAGCUCCUGGGUUUGACUUUAUCUUUUUAGGCCUAAAACUCUUCCUUGAAUUUCUGCCAAGACAUAAUAUCCUCCCAAUCUGCAAAUUUAAUCUUUAACAGUGACUGUGGUGCACAAGAGCAUGAUAGUGAUUUAUAAAAGUGAUGUUGGGCCUUGUUUUUUAAUUUAACUGCCGUGUGUAUCUGAAGUGUGGGCAAUGCCAAGCCAUGUGGCCACACGGGAGCUGGCUGGCUGGCAUCUGAGCUAUGCCAGUGCACCUGGAGCCCCGGGGCAGACGGAGAGGGAGGGCAAGCACCACUCAGCCAGGAGUGCUCAGCUCUCCCCAAAGGGAGAAGAUGGGCGUCCUCAGGAUGUCUGGAGCCCCAGGAGAAAGAGGAAGAAUGAAAGCGGUGCCUGGUUUUCAGAGACUUGUGCUAUAGCAGAGGUAACCAUUCUUUCCAAAGAACAUUUUAAAGCAUGGAAGUUUGUCAAAUUAGGAAGUCUCUGAAGGGGAGACUGGAGCCCUGGCCGUGAUUAUGUCUUUGGAGCACUUCUGGCAGCUCUUGGGCAGGAGCACCAUGGUGCUGGACCCAGUCAUGAGGUCAUUGCCCAGGUCAGGACUCCCUUUGAGGCCAUGCUCUGGGCCCAUAGCUGUUGAUGCAUCCUGACCAAGGCCCUACCUCAGCCACAGCAGCACUCUGACCUGUGGUCACCACUCAGUUAUUCAUGUACCUGCCGGCCCUGCUAGACAACACCCCAUGGCAUUAUAUAACACUUCUUGAGUGUCUGUGUUUUAUCAUCUUAGAGACAGGUUUCUCUGUCUUUCCUUUUUCAAAAGUCCUGAGGCUGACAACCAGUGACAGUGACUAAGUGUUCCUCACUGACAGGGCUGGGGCCUGUGGUGGCAGCCUUAGCAAAACUUCAGCCUCUGCCAGUUACCCUGGGGCCAAGAUGGCCUUCGGGGGCUCCUAGGGAUGUGCCAUCCGUUUUCAAAGAUGUCAAGCAGCACUUCUUCCUGCAGCGCCUGAGUCACACCUCCUGUCAGGGCCAGACCAUGGAAGGUUAUUUGCUAUUCUGGGAAAUUGUUGUAAUUUAAGCAAUUGUUUUAAUAAAAUCCUAAGCUGUAAUACUUUA